GGGGCCACAACCGUCCCCGGGCAGCCGCACACCCCGGAUCCCUCUGGGCAGUCCCAGGCCGGGCUCGGAGCACCCAGGCCCGGCCUCCGCGCGGCGCUGGGCCAAGGGCCGGCCCGGCACCGGCACCGCCCCCGCCCCGCAGUGCCUCUCCGGGCAGCGCCGCCAAGAUGUCUACGCUGAGGGCCUGUCGGCGAAUGCUCCAGACCACUGCAGGGCACGGAUGGAGGUCACAUUCUACUAAACCUGCGCAAAACUUACAUAUAAGUAAACCCGGAGCUGGCUUUAGCUUUGAACUUACUGAUGAACAGAAGGAGUUUCAAGCUACUGCUCGUAAAUUUACUGCAGAGGAAAUUAUCCCUGCUGCUGCCCAAUAUGACAGAACUGGAGAGUAUCCUUUUCCACUUAUAAAACGGGCUUGGGAACUUGGUCUUAUGAAUUCACACAUACCAGAAAGCUGUGGUGGUCUUGGCCUGGGCAGUUUUGGAGCCUGCCUUAUAACUGAGGAGUUGGCUUACGGGUGUACAGGGGUUCAAACGGCCAUCGAGGCCAAUUCCCUGGGGCAAAUGCCAGUAAUCAUUGCAGGAAAUGAGCAGCAGCAGAAAAAAUACUUAGGAAGAAUGACAGAGGAACCAUUGAUGUGUGCUUACUGUGUAACAGAGCCUGGAGCAGGCUCUGAUGUGGCUGGUAUAAAAACAAAGGCUGAGAAGAAAGGAGAUGAAUAUGUUAUUAAUGGUCAGAAGAUGUGGAUCACAAACGGUGGGAAAGCAAACUGGUAUUUUUUGCUAGCUCGCACCGAUCCAGAUCCAAAAGCUCCUGCAAACAAAGCCUUUACUGGGUUCAUUGUGGAAGCAAAUACUCCUGGAAUCCAAAUCGGAAGAAAGGAAAUUAAUAUGGGUCAGCGCUGCUCGGAUACAAGAGGAAUUACCUUUGAGGAUGUGAGAAUCCCAAAGGAAAAUGUGUUACUAGCUGAGGGAGCUGGCUUUAAAAUCGCAAUGGGAGCUUUUGAUAAGACCAGACCACCCGUAGCAGCUGGUGCUGUUGGAUUAGCGAAAAGAGCACUCGAUGAAGCUACUAGGUACGCUUUGGAGAGGAAAACCUUUGGGAGACCAAUCGUUGAACACCAGGCUGUGUCUUUCCUGCUGGCCGAGAUGGCGAUGAAGGUGGAGCUGGCGCGGAUGGCGUACCAGCGCGCGGCCUGGGAGGUGGACAUGGGCCGCAGGAACACCUACUACGCCUCCAUCGCCAAGGCCUUCGCCGGCGACAUCGCAAACCAAGUGGCUGCAGACGCAGUGCAGAUAUUUGGAGGAAAUGGGUUUAAUACGGAAUAUCCUGUAGAAAAAUUAAUGAGGGAUGCUAAAAUCUACCAGAUUUACGAGGGAACUGCUCAGAUACAAAGGAUGAUCAUAGCUCGUGAACAUGUUAGCAAAUUUAAGGCUUAAAGAAACAUCUGAAGUGCGUCCAGUGCUGCUGUGGUGUUCUGUGUUCUCAUGGAAAGAGGAUUUUAGUGCAUUACUCAAUAAAUUAAAAAGGCAUAAAUCCCCCCCCCCCCCCCCCCCCGCACAAACACACUUUCCUUCAAAAUCGUUUUAUUCAGUACAUUAUUAUGCACUGCUUCUGUUCUCCCUUUCGAGUCCCUCGCUUCAUUCCCGACUAGCAAAGCUGGUAUUUUCUAAACAGAAUAUUCUAAAUUCCAAAGUGAUUGGUUGUUCCGAUACAAAAUGAGCAAGAAAUGAGAACCUCACAAUGCAGUGUUUUCUCACUGUAAAAUCAGAUGAGCAGAAUGUUAUUUCUGACAGCCAUUGCUGCCUUCCAAUAAAUUUUUUUUAAGACAA